UACGCAGCAGCUCUAAGUGAACUGAUCAAGGAAGGUGUCCAGCUGAUACCGUACGGGCGCCUGAUAAUGUGCGGGCCGGGCCGCACAGGCAAGAGCAGCUUCCUGCGAUCCCUCCUGCGUCAAGCAUUCAUGUCCCAAUUCGAUAGUACCAUCGGUGUGGAGCUGGAGAAGGUGAUAUGCACGAUCGAGAAGCAAGGGUUACAGUAUGAAUGGAAGCAAGCUGAAAAUUCUUACCAGCAGCAGUUGGCCCUGACGCACAGAGCUGUUGGACAAGAGAAACAGAAACGGAAAGCAGCAGCACUGAGACAACCAAGCGUAGAGAUCUCGCAGAAUGCCAGGUCCACAUCCUCAACGACAUCAACACCCGCAGCAUCGCCAUCCAUUGUUACUGAGGCUGAGCAAGUGAAUACAGCCAGUGUGGGUGAAUCUUCUCUCAGGCAACCUGAUGACACCACCGAUACCGGGUACUCUGCUCAAUCUGCUGCCAGUUCAUCUGAAACUAUGGACUCCCAAAAUGUUUCCCCUGCAUCCAAGCCAGAGAUUUCACCUAUGACUGCGCUGAAAGAAGAAACACCAGAGCAAGAUGUCCAGCAACUACAGACGGAAAUAAACUCAGCAACAUUGAAGUUCGAAAGCUUCAUUGAAGAUCUGCGGACAGGCAAAAGCGAAGUUUUCACUGCAGAACAUUUCAAGAAUUUCACUUUUAUGGAUGUCUGGGACUUUGCAGGCCAGAAGCUGUUUGCAGCGAUCCAACACAUGGUCCUGGCCUGUGAUCGGUGUGCAUAUGCUGUCGUCUUUGAUGCCUCAAAGAAGCUCCAGGCCAGAGCGAAGCCGACGUUUGGUGUAGAUGGUGAGGAACUGCCGCUUUCCAACAACCUGGAGCAGACGAACUUUGAUGUCAUGGAGACAUGGUUCAACGCUAUCCACGAGGUCAUUGGAGACAGCGACAACGUACCCGUGUUUGCCAUUGGCACACAUGUGGACAAGUUACCUAAGAAUCCAGAAGCAAGGAAGAAGGCAACUGAAGAGAUAAAGAAGUACAUAUGGGCCAAUGCAGAGGGAAAAGCAUACGCCAACAACAUCGACAAGGUGGUAUUUGUGGACAACACACGAGCUGGUAAAGAUCCGGAAGACCCAGCAGUUGUUCAGCUACGGCAAGACAUCGUCCAGCAGCUGCAGCAUCAGUUCAAUGUUCCAAUACCAAUCCGCUGGCUUCCUGUGACCAUUUCCAUUGGGCACAUUGCAAAAUCGUUUGAACGACCAUGGCUAUCGGUUGAAGAGCUACGUCGCUUAGCUAUUGCUGUUGGUAGCAUCUCCAGUGAUGAUUCUGAGUCAGAUUUCCAGGAGAUGGUGAAGUUCCACCAUGGUCUUGGUCAUUUGCUUCACUUUAUUCACAAUGCCCGUCUUCGUGAUCGUGUCAUCAUCGACAUCCACUGGGUUCUGAAGACGAUGUCACUGCUCUUCUGUCCUGAACCAAAGGAUUUGCAGAGCAAACGUCUUCGUCCACAGUACGACUUGCUGACACAGAAUGGCAUCCUCCUGGAAAGUCUUGCCAUGCACCGCUGGUCACAGCACAAUCGCAUGACAUCGCGCUACACGGCCACAGGAGAACAGCGUGAUUUCCUGUUUGAGAUGGGUGAGCACUUUGCCCUGUUCUACAACACCAAGACAACUGUGAAGGUGCCUGGUCAGAGGAAAGAGGGGACAACUCGCAAGUUCUUUGUACCAGCUCUGGUGGAGCGAGUUGCACGUCUUCAAGAUGAAGUGAGCAAAGGCAAGCCAAGUCCAGCUAUGUACCUGUAUAGUGGUGCAGAUCGUUACUUUCCACAAACCCUGUUCUGGUGUGCUGUUGUGAGGUGUAUGCAACGCUACAGUCCAAAGGUGGAUCCAAUCCUCUAUCACACAUCGGCACGUAUUCUGGUGAAGGAUCGUUUCUGGUUAGUCAUGCGAUACUUCCAGCAUGGCAUUCGCCUGUCACUGGAGAUUCCUGUUGAUGCUCGACCAACUGCUAAGUCUUCGAUCGCCAGUGCUACUUCUGCUGCUGCUGCCAGUGGGGGAAAGUCAGUUGAGUCCGCUGGCAUUGGAGCUGCUGCAAGUGAGGAUGAGUCUGAAGCUAUCAAGCUUUGUCACGAGCUUCUACCGUACCUGGAGUCAGAGCUUGACAAGCUGAAGGCAUUCUCGCUGACUCAUGUGGAGUUUGGCAGAGCUGUCCGCUGUCCGUGCUCGUUCAGCCGAGAUGCGUGUCGCAAACACAAGCAGAAGUCUUGUGUAGAGAUCGGCUGUCAACACUUUGCUCCAUUGGUGGAAGGAUUGCGUCCACGCUGUACAAUCGGAGCACGUCCGUCAGUGGAUAUCAGUGAUGUACGGCACUACUGGCCAUGCUUUGUCGAAGACAUACAGAUCCCAGAGCUUGCUGAUACUGAGAAGCCAAUGCCGGCAAUGCCAAUGACAGUUGUGGAGCCCGCAGUCAAGGACAAUGACAAUCCGUUUGACCUGGAUGGGUUUGUGUGUGACAUUCAACCAUGGUUGAACAAAGUUGACGCAGAUCUACUGCGACGGAUGGUGGUCAAGAAGCAUCUCAUAACUGACAGCGCAUCAAUAGAGAGACUAAAGAGAAUUCGGUCCCGGGAUGGACUAUCUGAUCAUAAUGAGGAGCUCAUCCAGUUGCUCAGAGCUGGUGGCCUAAAGACUUAUCGUGAUCUCGGUGUUGUCAUUGAGGAACUUGGGUAUGUGGACAAGAGCAAGGAAAUGCUCUCCAUUUUGUCCCACACAGGUUCAGCUAAAGUUCAGCAUGAUACUUCAAACACUGCGUCCACGAGAGCUGCAGUCUACCAAGGAGCAUUGCGCAAGCACUACACAGCUGUGCAGAGAAGCCUGGAGAUAGAUGUCGUGGACUGUAUCAAGAGUUUGCGAGCCGAUGGUCAUGUGAACGACGAUGGCGUGAAGGAAGCGAGGGCUCUGAUGAAGUCAAGCGGACGAGCACAGGCUCUGGAUCACCUGUGCUGUGUGCUGGAGGAGUUGUCGGUCGAAGGCAUGUGCUACUUUGUGGAGCGUGUGCUACCAUUUCAAGGCCUGUCCCAGCUGGUGGAAACAUUCCAAGCUUGUCCCGGUCCUGGAAAGUGCACUCUGAACCCCCAUGAUCUCCACACUGCUCCCAAUGCUGAUGUCAAAGGGAAAGUGUUGGAUGAAGCUGACAGUGCAAGUGCUACAUCUUCUUCACUGAAAGACAAGGUGAAAACUGGGAUGUCUGAGCUUCACCAGGAAGUACUGCGUUCAAGCUAUGUGGAAUUGAAGUGCCGUUUGGACGUAGAAGAGGGCAUUCUGGAUCAUCUCUAUGAAGAGAGCAUCGUCACCAAGCGCUUCUGCAAGAAACUCCGCACUAUGGACGAUCGUGAAGACCAGGCGUCUGAGUUCUUGGAAACACUGCCAGGUUGUGGUGCGCAGGCCUUUCGCCAGUUUCUAUCCGCUCUCAAGGACAGUACGAAGCUGGCUCACAAGGAGCUGGCCGAUCUGCUGACGGAGAAGCUGGUGGAGAAGACUUCUGGUCUGUGAAGGUUACUCUGCUGGUGAACCCACCAUGAGCUGCUAUGUACCCACAAUGAGCUGUAUCAGUGAAUGGUGUGUGUAGACUCUACUGAACGGUCGUAAUGUUUCUGAUCAAGUUUAUUCAGGUAUUCCAAGACCUUUUCUAGUUAUGUUUCUUUUACGCCGUCUUGAACUCUUGGCUGGCAUUCUAACUGGUGUAGAUAAGAAUGAAAUAAACUUUACUUUAUCCUGUAUUUUGCUAUUCUCCUAGUGAAAUGGUUGACGAUUCAAGUUAGACUAUAAUGAAAUCCACACUGCACUGCACUGCCAGUUUGUAUUUGCUAUCUAUAUCGUAAGCUUUGGCGCACGGACACGUGUUGCCUUUUGAGAUCGUGACAUUUGGAGCUGCUCAGCUGUGCUGAAGACCUACCUGGUGGCAUCUUGAUAAUUUUUUAAAAUUAUUACCGGUAUGAUUCUGUGGGUCUACACAGUACGUUGAGUGCACUCUUUACUGUGAGUCUACUGAGUUUUAAAGUGUUUUGUCGGUUUCUCCGCGUCUUACGUACAUUAAUUAAAAGCUUCCAGAAGUUCAAGUGUGCUGUAUGUUUCGAGCUUCAAUACUAUAUCAUUAAUAUUAUGAUGUCUUUGACUCGCGUUUCCUUUUAGCAGAGCUUAUAGUUUUGUUUUCGCUCUAGAGAUUAGCCUGUGUUCUUGCACACUUGUAGUCAACAUAGAAUUUCUGACUAACUGAGGAAAACGUACUCAGCGGGACACACGUUCUCCUCAGAAAGUUGCAUUGCCUGAGAAUAGGUAUAUGGAGAGGUACUCGCAUUGCAAGUAGUUCGUACCGACGUAUUAUAUGGACUUGUACGGUACAUGUAUUGCUUUUUUCUUUCUUUUUUUCGGAUCGCUGUGUUUGGCGGCAUCACACGGUUAUCGUGGAUAUGAAUUAUCACAAUGAGGAACACCUCAUUAUUGCAUCGGGAAGAUGGCUGACUGUACUUGCUCACUAUGAUGUUGAACUUGUUACUUGGGCAAUGGUAUUGAGUGGAGCUAGCAGGAUGACAGUAUGUACAUUGUACCCGUACGUACAUAAAUAUAAUGUAUAGUCAUA